CCCAAACAACCAGGAACCAAACCAGUAAACCGCUCACGCAGAUGCUCUUCCGCUUCUAACAGAGCGGACAACAGACCAGUGAAGGAGAGGGAGAGGUCCUUGAGUGGCGUGCUCAGAGGACAAGGACAAACAGGCCGUGCACUCCCACAGCGGGUGUUAUCGCUUGGCUCCCAACAGCAACGACCCUCCCAUCAUCAGAGCGAGGGCAGAGACUCUCCAGACACCGCUAGAGCCGCCUCCGAGCAAGCUCCUGAACCCCCUCCUGUGAAAGGUACAAUAAUCUACAUCAAAUAUGGGCUGCUUUGGAUUCCUCAAAGUCAUGAUGUUUGCUUUUAACGGCAUCAUCUUCCUGGCAGGUGCUGGCAUCCUGGGUGUAGGGAUCUGGGUUAAGGUGGACAGCGGCUCCGUACUUGGCGUCCUCCAGCAGAUCCAGGACGCCCCGGCAGAGCUCGGUCAGCUGCUGAAUGUGGGAUACCUGCUGAUCGCUGUCGGGGCCGUCCUGCUAAUAAUCGGCUUUCUCGGCUGCUGCGGAGCCGUAAGGGAAAGCAGGUGUAUGCUGCUGCUGUUCUUCGUUAUCGUGUUGGUGGUGUUCAUAGCGGAGGUAGCGGGAGCAGUGGUGAUCCUGGUAUUCAGACCCUUGGCAGAAGAGUUGAUCAGCAAGCUUGGCAAACAAGCCACUAAAAACAUCCGGGACGACUAUGGCAGAAAUAGUGACGUCACCGGGCUUUGGAAUACCACCAUGGACACGCUAAAAUGCUGCGGCUUCAAUGGCUACAACGACUUCACGGGCUCGCCAUAUUACAAUGAGACCUCACAUCAGUACCCACCGCAGUGCUGCCUGCACGCCGCCAGCCCCUGCAGCGCAGCAGCGGCUCAAACCGCAUCUAACACGACAAUCACCGGUUGCUUUCCGAAGUUCAAGAAGCUAAUUGAAGACAACUCAGUUGUUAUUAUUGCUGUAGCACUAGGAAUUGCAGCUCUGGAGGUAUGUGCCAUGAUUGUCUCCAUGACCCUUUACUGCAAGAUAGGAUCGAAGAGAGGCUAGCUGCAAGCAGCAGUGGGGGGCCCAGCAUCAUCAUCCAGAUUUGUUGAACUUCCCAGCGCCUAAACUGACUCUGCAGGGAGAGGGUUGGGGGUACAAAUCCUUUAAGUUGAAGAAAUGUCUCAUCCUUCACAACCUUAUCAGAAAUUGUGCAAUCAUUAAUGUUCGAAUCACAAAGAAAAUCUAUUUUUCCUGACGUCUCUCUUUUAGAUGCCGUAAAUGAAUGUAAACAUGUCUUGAGAAUGGGACACUAAACGUGACCUCAUCCGAAUAGCCUGCUCUCUAUGGUCAUGUCACUAAAGUUCAUUUCAAAUACGAUACAGUGCCAUUGUGCUAAAUACACACAAGUUCACACGUUGCUCACUACACCUCAGCUGCGUUCAUUGGGUGAACGAGAUGAAGUCCGGGAUGGGCGGUGGAUACUGGGAUCACUACCCUGAACCCAACUGCAAUGGUACUGCCUGUAACUGCUAAGAACCUUUAUACACUGUUUGUAUGUGUGUUGUAUAGCAGAGAAGUUUUUAAAAUAAAAUGAAGA